GAAACUGACACGAGGUUCCCACUAGUACUACAACUGCUCUAAAAAUUACAAAAAACAAAUGUUAAAAUGUAAACAUAAAGAUAAAGCCAGACACAACACCAAGAAGAGGUUCCUACCUAUUGUCAUCUGCACAGAGAGAGAGAGAGAGAGAAAGCUACUUCACUCCUUCCUUCCUCCGUCCUCCCCUGAACCCUUCUCUUGCUUGCUUCUGAAGCAUCCUCCUUCACAAAAUUUGAAGACUUUUUGGUUUCAAUCUACAGAGAAAAAGGCCGGCCUUUUGAUGGGUGCGGCGGCAGAAUCUAAAAAAAUCAAUCAGAGAAGGAACUCGUGAAUGAAUCUGUCUUUCUUAUGGGGAAGAACAGCGACGAGGAGCAGCAGAAUCUCCCAGAAAACAACGUAGCAGACAACAGAAACAGAUGUUCAAGCUGUAUUUGCUGUUCUGAUCGGAUCUUUAGAUGUUUUAGCCUCAGAUGCGUUUUGAUUCUCGCUUUCUCCGCCGCUCUGUUCCUCUCCGCCGUGUUCUGGCUGCCUCCGUUCCUCGGGUUAUCAUCAGAUCGUGACGAUCUAGAUCUCGAUCCCAGGUUUAAAGAUCACAGAAUAGUGGCGAGUUUUGAUGUUGAGAAACCAGUUUCUUUCCUGAAAGACAAUUUGUUGCAGCUUGAAAAUGAUAUCACUGAUGAAAUGAGCUUCCCCAUGACCAAAGUUAAGGUACUAGCGCUUGAACGCUGGGGGAAUCUAAACAGAACAAUGGUUAUCUUUGCAAUCGACCCCAAGAAGAAGAACUCUAAAAUACCUACCGAAAUUGAGAGUCUGAUCAAGGAAGCUUUUGAAAUUUUGGUAACAAAACAGUUGUCUUUCCGGUUAACUGAAUCCUUGUUCGGACAAGCCUUCUUCUUUGAGGUGUUAAAGUUCCCAGGAGGCAUCACUGUGAUCCCUUCUUCCCAGCCUGUGUUCCCUUUGCAGAAAGCACAGCUUCUCUUCAACUUCACAUUAAACUUUUCUAUUUACCAAAUUCAAUCUAACUUUGAGGAACUCACUAGCCAGCUGAAGAAGGGUAUAAACCUGGCUCCCUAUGAGAACUUGUACAUAACCUUGUCAAACUCCAGAGGCUCAACGGUUGCGCCUCCUACUAUAGUUCAUUCUUCUGUUCUGCUCACACUCGGAACCUCAUCAAGGCUGAAGCAGCUUGCUCAAACCAUCACUAGCUCCCAUUCGAAAAACCUUGGUCUAAACCACACAGUGUUUGGUAAGGUUAAGCAAGUUCGUCUUUCCUCAAUCUUACCACAUUCACCUUCUCCUUCUCCUUCUCCUCAACCUGAAACCCACAAACACUACCCCCAUCAUCAUCAUCAUCACCAUAAGGAACUUGCUCCCGAACCUUCACCUUCACCUGCAGCUAAGAGCCUUGCACCUGCAUCUGCGCCAACUAAACACUUACAUUUACACCGUAGAAGCCCACCUCCUUGCCCUUACGACCAGAGGAGACCAAAAGGAAACAAUGCUCUGAACCAUCAUAGUCCAACACCAACUCCUGCACCAAACCCUACCCUGCCAAGUCAUCAUCAUGCCAUUCCAGUAACUAGUCCACUUCCCCACGUGGUAUUUGCUCAUAUCCCACCUCCAGCAAGAAUCUCCCCAGAGUCAAAACCAGACAGUGAAAAAACACCUGCACCUUCUCCCACUCCAUCUUCGGCGAGCAUUGGUCCAACCUUCAAAAGGGUGUCAUCAAAGCUGCUUGUAAUAGUAACCGCUCUAAUCAUCUGUCUGUAAAACCAAACAAAAAAAGAGGCGCCAGGAAGAAACUGCUUUCAACGUUCAAGCUGUAAAAAAGAAGCAGCAGUUCGGAAAAGCAGAACUUCUCCGGUCCCAACAUCAAUGUAACUGUAUAAAUGAACACGAGGCCAACAAAAGAAACUGUAUGUAUGGAAAAAUGAAGAGAGUUUUUGUAAAAGAGCUGUUGAGGUUAGCAACACAAAAGUGUGUCUUUGCACCUAACAUCAGAGAAGAGAAAAGAAAAAAAAACUUAUAUAUAAGAUAUCUGUUUUUGUAUAUAAAAGUAGUUUUGUUUCAUCCAAUUUGUGUUUUUAACAUAAG